UCAUUCAUCACUGAACCGCUGAGAGAGUCGCGUUGAGAGUGUGUGCGUGAGCUGAGUGUCUUUCACUGCUUCCCUCCGAAAACUGGUCGAUCUCGGCGCGAGAGGAUGUCUGACGAAGAGGCCCCCGUUGUGACUGGCGAGAAGAAGCGCGGCCGUCCGGCGGCGGACAAGGACAAGCCCGUCGAGGCGAAGAAGCGACCCAGAACGUCGUCUCCGGAGGCGUCCGAGGGCAAGAAGGUGGCGGAGAACGGGAAUGUGGCGGCGAAGCGCGGCCGCGGCCGGCCAAAGGCGCCCGCCAAGGUGGCCGUGAAGAAGAAGCCGUCGCGCGGCCGCGGACGCCCCAAGGGCGGCCGGAAGGCCAAGAGCAGCUCCUCAGAGUCCGAGGAUGAGUCCGACGAGGAGGAGGAGGACGAGAAUGAUGCUGAGGAUUCCGACGAGUAGAUUCUCUGUCUCCUUUAUGUGUGGUUCAACCUCGUGAUUUCGGAAUGUGAUUAAGUGCUUUCAUUUGCCCCGGUUUUUCCCUCCUGGAAAAGAUGACUGAGAUUCUGGACAGAAAGAAGAAAAAAUGUGUGAGAGAGAGA